AUGAGAGCUGACCGCGCUCUGCUCCUCACAGCCGCGCUGCUCCUGGACACGUUCUGGAGGAGUAAUGCGGAGCGUGCUAUCGGAGGUCCCUGCCGACCUGGCUUCUCUCAGAGCUUCUACUCUGUGCUGAUUUCAAGGGAUGUACUGCAAGGCCAGGGCAUACUCAAAGGUAAGACCUUUAAUUGGCCACUCAGUCCACACAAAGUGAAGUUUGACGACUGCAUGGGGAAUGAAGCUGUGGUUUUCCGGAGCAGCGACCCCAUCUUCAGCGUGCGGACAGAUGGGUCCAUCUACGCUCGGGGAGCGGGGGCCAGCCUAGAUGAACCGGUCCAGUUUAAACUGACAGCCAGCGGUCCGCAGGCACACGUCUGGGAGACUGUGGUGCAACUGGCGCUGAUUGACCUGCCACCGCCGUCCUCUCCACAAAAUGAGAAUGAGGUCACAAAGCAAGAUGGAGAGGUCGCCGAGAGAAAAGAGAAGAAGGACGCGUUCCAGGCCCCGCCUCCUGUCAUCAUGUUCUCGGCGACUGGCCGGAACGGCUCCAAGGGUCUGCGGCGGCAGAAGAGGGACUGGGUGAUCCCGCCGAUCAACGUGGCGGAGAAUUCUCGAGGACCGUUCCCUCAGAUGCUCGUCAGCAUUCGCUCCGACCAGGACCAGGACAUCUCGAUCCGAUACAGCAUCACCGGGGUGGGAGCGGAUCAACCGCCCAAUGAGGUGUUCAGCAUCGACCCCGUGGUCGGGAAGAUGUUCGUCACCAAACCUCUGGAUCGAGAACAUCGCUCUUCUUACCACUUGCGUGCCCAUGCUGUGGACAUGAAUGGAAACCAGGUGGAGAACCCCAUCGAUCUGUACAUCUUCGUCAUCGACAUGAACGACAACAGACCUGAGUUUAGAAACCAGGUCUACAAUGGCUCCGUGGACGAAGGCUCGAAGCCAGGAACAUAUGUGAUGCACCUGGCGGCGUUCGAUGCGGACGACAACACCACCGCUAACGGAAUGGUGCGCUAUCGGAUCCUGUCCCAGACGCCACACAGCCCCAUUCCCAACAUGUUCACCAUCAACAGCGAGACGGGGGACAUUGUGACGGUGGCGCCUGGUCUCGAUCGAGAGAAAGUGUCCCAGUACACCAUCAUCGUGCAGGCCACGGACAUGGAGGGCAACCUGAACUUCGGCCUCUCCAACACGGCCACCGCCAUCAUCACGGUCACCGACAUCAACGACAACCCCCCCAUGUUGACAUCCAGGACUUUUUCCGGUGAGGUGCCGGAGAACCGAGUGGACGUGGUGGUGGCUAAUCUGACGGUGAUCGACGCCGACCAGCCCCACUCGCCAAACUGGAACGCCAUUUACCGAAUCAUCAGCGGCGACCCGGCCGGGCACUUCACCAUUCGCACUGACCCCGUCACCAAUGACGGCAUGGUCACUGUGGUUAAGCCCGUGGACUUUGAGAUGAACCGGGCCUUCAUGCUGACGGUGGUGGUGUCCAAUCAGGCCCACCUGGCCAACGGCAUUCAGUCCUCGCUCCAGUCCACCGCUGGGGUCACCAUAUCUGUCCAGGAUGUCAACGAACCCCCUUAUUUCCCCACCAACCCGAAACCCAUCCGCUUUGAGGAGGGAGUCCCCGCGGGCACCAGCCUGACGACCUUCUCAGCCUCAGAUCCCGACCGGCUACAGAUGCAGCAGAUAAUCAGGUAUUCGAAGCUGAAUGACCCGGCGGACUGGUUGUCCAUCAACAGAACCAACGGUCAGAUAGUAACCACGGCGAUGCUGGACCGGGAGUCCAUGUACGUCAAGAACAAUGUGUAUGAGGCCACGUUCCUGGCAACAGAUAGUGGCUCGCCUGCAGCCAGCGGCACAGGCACGUUGCAGAUCUACCUGAUAGAUAUUAAUGACAACCCUCCAGCGCUCAUACCCAGGGAGUCUCAGAUCUGCGAGAGGCUGAACAGGAAUGUCAAAGGUGUCAACAUCACUGCCGCUGACGCCGACACUGACCCCAACGCCGGACCCUUUGUCUUUGAGCUGCCCAACUUCCCCACCAGCAUCCGACGCAACUGGACAAUCUCCCGGAUCAGUGGCAACUACGCCCGUUUGGGUCUGCGGUACAAUAUAUAUCUAGAGCCGGGGGUGUAUGAGGUCCCUGUGAUCGUGUCGGACUCGGGGAACCCUCCACUGUCCAACAGGUCGGUCAUCAAGGUGAAGGUGUGUCCCUGCGAUGAGAACGGAGACUGCACCACGCUCGGCGCCGUGGCAGCCGCCGGCCUGGGAACCGGCGCCAUCAUCUCCAUCCUGAUCUGCAUCAUCAUACUCCUCACCAUGGUGCUGUUGUUCGUGAUGUGGAUCAAGCGCAGAGAGAAGGAGAGGCAGACCAAGCAGCUGCUGAUCGACCCUGAAGACGACGUCAGGGACAACAUCCUCAAAUAUGACGAAGAGGGAGGAGGAGAGGAAGACCAGGACUAUGACCUGAGCCAGCUGCAGCAGCCCGACUCCUUGGAGCACAUCAUCAGCAAGCCGCCCGGUGUCCGCAGGGUGGACGAGCGUCCCAUCAUCCCCGAGUCCCAGUAUCCAAUUAGACCUGUCGUGCCCCAUCCUGGAGACAUCGGGGACUUCAUCCAUGAGGGUCUGCGAGCAGCAGACAACGACCCCACCGCUCCUCCCUACGACUCCCUGCUGGUGUUCGACUACGAGGGCAGCGGCUCCACCGCCGGCUCCGUCAGCUCGCUCAACUCCUCCAGCACGGGCGACCAGGACUAUGACUACCUCAACGACUGGGGCCCGCGCUUCAAGAAGCUGGCCGACAUGUACGGCGGAGGGGACGAAGAUUAA